AUGUUUGGAUCCGGAGCGAGAUCAGUGGCGGUGAGUCAGCAGGGGCAGCAGCAGCAGCAGCAGCAGCCAUGGGAGGCGCUGCCGCCGCCGCCGCCUGUGGCGGCGGCAGCAGCGGCAGCAGCGCCGAUGCUGACGGCGGGAAACAGCCGUACCGGCGAUCAGCAGCGCGGCCCGCCGCAGCGGGAGCUGCCACCUCUGGAUGUUGAUGACCCGGAGGUGGGCCGGGCGCUGCUGGCGGGGUUUGCGGAGCUGCCGGUACCCGCCGCAACCACCAGCGACCCGUGGGUCACAGAUGCCGACGGAGCAGCAGCGGCAGCAGUAGCUGGUGGCGCACAGCUGGCCGAGGCGCUCCCCAAUGGCUCUGGAGGGGUCCCUGACGCGCCACUAACCUCCCGCUCGGGCGCCAACCCGGGAAUGGCGCUGCAUGCGACACAUGCAAGGACGUGGCUGUACCCGAAGGACCUCCCCGUCCGCGACUACCAGUUCUCCCUGGUGAGGUCGGCUCUGUUCCACAACACGCUGGUCUGCCUGCCCACGGGGCUCGGGAAGACCCUUGUCGCGGCGGUGGUCAUGCUCAAUUACUACAGGUGGUUCCCCGAUGGCAAGAUUGUGUUUGUGGCCCCCACCAAACCGCUCGUGGAGCAACAAAUGAAGGCUUGCAAAGAACAGACCUGCAUCCCCAAGGCCGAUAUCGUACAGCUGACCGCCACUCGCGGUCCAGGGGGGGAGGGUCGGGCAGCGGAGUGGUCUCAGAGACGAGUGUUUUUCUGCACUCCCCAGAUUCUGGAGAAUGACAUCGCCAAUGGAACCUGCCCCAAAGAGAAGUAUGUGUUGGUGUUGCUGGUGGUGGAUGAGUGUCAUAGGGCCCUCGGGAAGGCUGCGCCGGUCACUGCGUUGCAGACUCUCCGCAGCGAGCAGUUGCGGUUCCGUGUGGUGGGUCUGAGCGCCACCCCUGGAUCCAGCCCCGAGUCCGUCCAGGAGGUGAUCCGGAACCUGGGGAUCAGCCGGGUGGAAUUCAAAUCCAACGAAGAUCCAGAUGUGAGCCCGUACUGCCACAAGAAACAGGUCGAUGUGAUGGAGGUGUUCCCGGACGAAGUGCUACAGCCCGUGGCGGAGAGUGUGGUGAUGCUACUGCGAGGGGUUAAUGCCAAGCUGUUGCAGUACAGGGUGGUUGACCGUUGUGAUGCGGAGAACGUGGGGCGUUUCUCCUUCAUUAACAAAAUGAAGCAAUUCCAGAGCUCCCUGCCCGACAACAAAUCCAUGGACAAGUCAACCAUUCCCAAGAUAUACAAUCUUUUCAAUCAGGCCGUGUUCUUGUCGACCCUGCUGGAGCACCUGACCAGCCAGGGCGCCAAGAUGGCGGCGGAUCUGGUCCGAGUGGAGCUGGCCAAGAACGGAGGGGGAUCGCUGAGGGACUUAGUGGCAAGGAACGAGUGGAAG